AUGAUUGAAACGCGUAAACAAGCAUCAACAACGCGGUCGAUGUGCUCCCGUCUACUCUAUCGUGGUUCACUGUCCCUACCAGACUCGUACCUGCUCCUCGAUGGCCUCACCUUCUCUGCAAAUCUCGAUAACAAGGACCUCCUCCACAAUCCCCUCGCACUUGCACUCGAAAGUAUGCGCGGUCGCCCCUCCCUCCGACUAAAAGGUACAGAAUUACUCAAGAACUUGUGCAUAGACAGUUCAGAUGACGUUUGUGUGGACAUCCAUCCAUCCGCUACCCUAUCUCGCGUCUACUUUGAAAACAUACUCUGCUUAUCACGUCUCUCUCCUGAGGGACGGACGGAGAUUGGUGUGCGUGUCGCCUUGGGAGAUACUGAUGGUCCCGCAACGACCGAAAUGCUUAUAUUCGGAGAGACUCUGCCUACCUCGACGACUCCAUCCCUAACCAUCCGUGUAGCACGUAUCAUCCCCGCUACCCGUGGCCCCCGCCCAGACGACCCCACACCCCGAAAACCGCCUCUUCACCUUUUCACCAGCAAACAAACCAUCGGAGAACUCGCGGCAAACACUAGGAUAAUGGUCGAUGCUGCGAAUGGAAAAGGAGAGGGUUCGGAAGUGGUGAGACGGGCGAAGGAAGUGAUGUUACAUUUACCGAAUUCGAAACCGCGAGGGCGGGGGAAGGACAGGGACAAGGAAACAGGUGGUAUAUUCAAAGUGCCCGCUCCUCCCGCAAAGAAAACCAGCCAUGCAGCGGAUGGAGACGUCUUCGGACCCGUAAGCGAUUAUAAAGGUAAAACCCGCGCAGUAGACGAGGAAAUCAGCGAUAUAGAGCAGGAGAAUAAAUAUAUCAUCAAGAAAUUCACCGUCAGACGCCUUGACGCAGUCGGCGUAUCGAAGGCGCAUCUGGAGUUUAAGGAUAUAUUUGGGUUCGUGUAUCGUGGUACGGCGUUCGCUCUCAGAGCCACGAUAAAGAAAUCACCUGUUAGUGCGCUAGCUUUGGACACCCUUGUGGAGGCACACAUUAAACUUUAUACCACAUCACCUACUUGAGAGGAAGGACAGCUGGACUCCCACUGUUGGAAGACUGUAGAUGGUAAAAUCAAGGACGAGCAUGGAAUUAGAUACCCGCAUAAAUCAAGAAGGAACGUCUUCCUUCUGUUGUGGUCUGAC